AUGGCGUCGCUGCUGCGGAGGGGGAAGGCAACGCCUUCCAUGCCAGCAGCAAAAGCAGCAGCAAAGCCUGAAGCAGCAGCAGCAGCAAAGCCUGCAGCAGCAGCAGCAGCAAAGCCUGCAGCAGCAGCAGCAGCGGGAAAGCCUGCAGCAGCAGCAGCAAAGACAAAAGCCCCGCUGACACUGAAGGAGAGACAGAAGCAGCAGCAAGAGCUGCGGGAGCGGCUGCUGCAGCAGCAGCAGCAGCAGCAAGGCAAGCCUUUUGCUGCUCCCAAAAUUAAAGCCAAGUUUGUCUCUCAAGUUAAGAAACCUGUUGCUGCUCUGGACGCAGCAGCAGCAAAACCAGCAGCAGCAGCAGCAGCAAAACCAGCAGCAGCAGCAGCAAAACCAGCAGCAGCAGCAGCGAAACCCGCAGCACCAGCAAAGCCUGCACCGGCGGGAGCAGCAAAACCAGCAGCAGCAGCAGCAGCAGCAGCAGCAAAACCAGCAGCAGCGAAGCCUGCAGCACCAGGAGCAAAACUUGUGGGGAAAACGCCUGCUGCUGCUGCUGCUGCUGCUGACUCCAAGAGCCCGCCCGCAGCAGCAGCAGCAGCAGCUAAACCCGAAGCAGCAGCAGCAGCAGGAAAAACAGCAGCAGCUGCUGCAGCUCCACCAGCUGCAAAGCCUGCUGCAGCGGACGCAGCAGCAGGGGCCCCCAAGGGCCCCCCGGGGCCCCCAGGGGCCCCCAAGGGCCCCCCGGGGCCCCCAGGGGCCCCCAAGGGGCCAUCUGUGCCCCCAGGGGCCCCCAAGGGGCCCCCUGUGCCCCCAGGGGCCCCCAAGGGGCCCCCGGGGCCCCCGGGGCCCCCGGGGGCCCCCAAGGGUCCUAGUCUUAAGAUAGAUGUGAAGCCUAAGGGGCCCCCGGGGGCCCCCAAGCCCCUGGGGGUUGAAAUAAAGCCGAAGGGGCCCCCGGGGGCCCCCACAGCAAAAAUUGAAAUAAAGCCAAAGGGGCCCCCGGGGGGCCCCCCGGGCCCCAAGGAAGCAGGGGCCCCCAAGGGGCCCCCAGAGUCUGCUGCAGUUAAGUCGAAGGCGGGGCCCCCGGGGGCCCCCAAGGGGGCCCCCAAGGGGGCCCCCGAGGAGGGGGCAAAGCUGGGUGCGAAGCCAGCAGCAGCAGCAGCAGCAAAGGCAGCAGCAAAAGGAGACGCAGCAGCAGCAGCAGCAGCAGCAGCAAAGCCUGCAGCAGGGGGCCCCGCCCCCAGGAAAACCCUGGCAGAUUUGCUGGCAGCAGAAAAGAAAAAAAUGGCCCCAAAGAAAACCCUUGCUGAACUUUUGGGUACUAAGGGGCCCCCCGAGGGGGGCCCCCCUAAGGAGGGGGCCCCCGGGGGCCCCGCAGCAGCAGCAGCAGCAGCAGCAGCAGCGGGGGGGGCUGGCGCUGCUGCGAAGCAGCAGGCGGUGAGCGAGGAAGCAGCAGCAGCAGCAGCAGCAGUGGCGGCGUUUGCUGCUGCUAGCCCCGAAGCUUUUGCUGCUGCUGUCCUUUCUGCUGCUGGCAAAAAAGCAGAAAUUCUUUCAAAGUUGAAAACCCUAAACCCUAGCCUUCCGGAGGCGGCGCUGGCCACGGCCCUCAAGAAGCUCCCGGGAGAGCGUUGGGGGCAAGAGCGUAAGAGGCUUCUUGCUGCUGCUGCUGCUGCUGCUGCUGCUGCUGCUGCUGCUCCGAAGGCAGCGGGGGCCCCCGAGGGGCCCCCAACCUCCAAAGGGGGGCCCCCUGCAGAGGCCUCUAAGGCAGGGGCCCCCAAGGAUACCCCCGCAGCAAAGGGGGCCCCCGGGGCCCCGGGGGCCCCCAAGUCCCUGGGGGCCCCCGAGGCCAAGGGGGCCCCCCAAGCCAAGGGGGCCCCCGAGGCCAAGGGGGCCCCCGGGGACCCAAAGGCCCCGGGGGCCCCGGGGGCCCCAGGGGCCCCAGGGGCCCCGGGGGCCCCGGGGGCCCCGGGGGCCCCGGGGGCCCCCGGGGGCCCCCCAGGAGAAGAGGUGCAGCCUCGCCGCUGCGGCUGUUCUUUCGGAGUGGAGGAAAACUCGUCCAGAAGAAUUAAAGAAAUCGGCAAAGACUUGGUGCAGCAGCAAACCGCGAGACUCAAGCAGCAGCAGCAGCAGCAGCAGCAGCAGCAGCAGCAGCAACAGGAGCCGAAGCAGCAGCAGCAGCCGCAGCAGCAGCAGCCGAAGCAGCCGCAGCAGCCGCAGCAGCAGAAGCAAGAGGAGGGGCAGAAGAAGGCGGAGCCGGAGAAGCAGGAGCAGCAGCAGCAGCAGGACCAGCAGCAGGACCAGCAGCAGCAGCAGCAGCAGCAGCAGCAGCAGAGUGCUGAUGCUGCUGCUUCUCCAACUUCAUUUCUUUCCAAAUUCCCCAGAGGCCUCCCAAAUGAUUUAAAAGAAAAAAUAAAAAAGCAAAAGACAAGAGACCCGGACAAGGCAGUUCUGAUUCUUCAAGAUUCCUUAGACAUGGAGCGUUUGGAUGUGCUGCUGCCGCUGCUGAUAUCCAUGAACGAUUACUUGGCGCUGCUGCUGCUGACUGCGGAGAAGCAGCAGGCCUUGGAAGCAGCAGCAGCGCAGCGGCAGCAGCAGCAGCAGCAAGACGCAGCAGCAAAGAAGUCGAGUGCAGCAAAGGCGCGGCCAGCAGCAGCAGCAGCAGCAAAAAGAGACAGCCUCCCUGCUUUUAUGACAAGAGGGCGUGUGGGGUUUGCAGCAAAAGCAGCACAAACUCCUGCUGCUGCUGCUGCUGCUGCGAAGCAAAAGGAAGCAGCAGGAGAGCAGCAGCUGCGGAUGUUUGCUGCUGAGGUGUACAGACACCUCAGCUGCUUCCCACAUUUUCUCAUCAUCGGAGCAGCAAAGAAAUGCCUCGCUGCUGGCGUGCGGCGGCUGGAGUGUCCACUGGUCACGGUGUUGCUGCGGAAGGCGGAGGGCUCGCACGUGCAUUUGCUGCUGCUGCACUGGCUGCUGCAGCAGCAGCCAGCGAAGGAUUUGCUGCAGCUCAGCAGCACUUGUGCUGCAUGCAAAGAAGCUGUGGACAUUUUCUUCAGAAGAACUUUAGCUGCGCUUCCCUUCCAGGCCGAGCCAGCCAUCUCAGACAUACAGUACUGGUACAACUGCGUGCGUUUUUUUUUCCAAGCGGCGUGCUGGGUGUCUCCGGUGGACCGUUUGCGCAGCAGCAAAGUUGCUGCUGCUGCGCUGCGGAAAGCAAAAGAAACUUUUCCUGUUGCUGCUGAUGGAAUUAAGUCUUCUGUGUCUGUCACUCUCGACAAAAUCCCCCCCGAAGCAAUUUGCUGCUGCCCCUUCCCCGUCCCCAUGCGCCACGCCACGCUCGGCGCAGCCAGGUCCGAGGGUUUAGGGUUUAGGGUUUAG